ACUGAGCUGUGGAAGGAGAGACCCACAGAUGUGCUGCUACCGCUACCCCUGUAUGACCCAGACUCCGACCCCUUAGGCGAAUUCAAGGACACUGACAGGUGCUGCUGGAAUCACAAGCAGUGCCCUGGGCAUAUCAUCCACCCCUUCACCUCUGACUGUGGUCACUACAACCUGCACCUGCACUCUCUCAGCCACUGUGACUGUGACUGUGACUGUGACUCUAGGGUGAAGGACUACUCAGAGAAGACAAAUAGCAGCAUCUCCCAAGAUGCAGGCCCAACCUGUUCCCGAGAUGUGGGCCCAACCUGUUUCGACAUCGUCCAGACCCCUUGCUUUGAGUUCAUCCCCGAGGAAGAGUAUGUGGAGCGGUUCUGGUAUGGCUGGUGCAAAAGCUUCAGGCCUGUCUCUGUGGCAGUGAUCCACCAUCCCCUCCACCACGAAUUUAGAGAUGACCUAAAUGAAGAAGAGGAAGAGGAGGAAGAAAGCAAGCCUCCCAUCCCAACCCAGGUGGGGCCCACCGCCAUCACACCCAAGGACAAAGGCAUAGAAAUGGGCACCAUCAUGGGCACAACAGACUCGGCGGCUCCCAUUACCAUCUGGCGCUCUGAGAGUCCCACAGGGAAGUCCCAGGGCAGCAAGAUUAUCAAGGCCAAGAAGAAAAAGGAAAAAGAGAAAGAUGAGGAGGAUACAGAUGAGAAGGCAAAGAUGAAGAAAAAAGUCAAGAAGGGCAAGUUGACUAAAAAGAGAAGCCCAGUUAAAUCAGAACCUUCACCUCCAGACUUGAGCAGAUCAUUAAGCCCAAGGGAGCUGUUCAGGCUGUCAGAAUCCAGCCCCGAGAGCCGGGAAGACCUGGAGAGUGAGGACAGUUUCAAUGACCCCAGGCAGGAGGAGCCCUCCAGUGAGGAUAUUGUAGAGUCAUCGCCCAGAAAGAGAGAUAAGAACACGGUCCAGGCCAAGAAACUUGGAGCAAAACCCUCUCCAAUCAAGAAGAUGAACAAGAGGAAAUCCCCCCCAGUAUCCAGCCCCAAUCUCAGUUGAGGCCGGGCGACCAGGUGAAGAAUAAAUGCCAUCCAGCCUGUCGCAAACCCCCUGCUGCUCUUCUCUCCCUCUAACUUGGCUGCUGCUGGGGGGCAGGGGUGGGCUCUGGGCAUAGCUGGAGCGAAGGGGCUAGGGGCCUGCGGGGGUUUCUAAAGGGCAGUCCAUCUGCCAAGAGGAAGUCCAUGGGAAGGUAGGUGGGAGGGCAGGGAGGGGCACUGUAACAGCCUGUUUCUCUGUAACAUCCUAGGCCCAGGGCAGAAGAGCACAUCUGGGUGAGGAGGGAAGGAGGCUUCCCAUCUAUGGGGAGGCUGGUCUGUGUUAAGUCCACUCUGGGACAGGCGGGAUUAUCUGUAACGAUACCCCUAAUAAACUGAACCUUUUAACCUCUG